AUGGCGGCUGAACAACGAGAUUAUCCUUCUUCUAGCACUACAAAUGUUGUUCAAAUCACAAAUAGGCUCUUGCAGGACUUAAAUGGAUUGCUACUGCAACAUGAAAAAUUUGUUCUUGAUUAUGAUUUGCUAGAGAUGACAGAAGAUAAUGGUGAAGAUCUAGCACUAUCGGGGGUAAUACAAGAUGAAGUUUCUGUCCCCAUUUUUCAACAGGACCGCAACGCAGUUCAUCAGUUGAAUGAGGAUCAAGUUUUUUCAUAUCACACAAUAAUAUCUGUUGUUGAGUGUCAUCAUAAUGCUAUAUUUUUUGUUGAUGGUCCAGGAAGGACUGGAAAAACAUACUUAUAUCGUGCAUUGCGAGCAAGCUUCAGAAGUAAUACUCAUAUCGUGUUGGCAACUGCAACUUCAGGAAUAGCAGCAACAAUACUGCCUGGUGGGAGGAUUGCACACUCUCGAUUUAACAUUCCUCUAAAAGUUGAUGCUGAUGUAACACGCUCAAAUUUGUCUGUUGGAGGAAAGUUGAUGAUUUUUGGUGGAGAUUUUCGACAGGUUCUUCCUGUUGUCCCUAAGGGUACGAUGUCUCAACACGUUGAAGCCAGUUUAGUUAAUGCUUCAUUUUGGAAAGAUGUAAUGAUUCUUCGUUUGAGACUGAAUAUGAGAUCUAUUAAUGAUCAUGAGUUCUCAAGAGAAAGACAAACCGUGAAUGAAGACAUGAUUCAAAUACCACCAUCGAUGGUCAUACCUUGGGUGGGUGAAGUGUCAAUCAACCAAUUGGUUAAUGAAGUGUUUCUUGAUGUGGUUUGUCAUAUAAAUGAUGCUUCAUAUAUGGUUGAAAGGGCAAUAAUAACUUCAAAGAAUAGUAAUGUUGAUGUGCUCAAGGAAAUGAUCAUACAACGGCAUCCAGGACUAGAGCAAGUCAUAUACUCUUUUGACCAAAUGGAGGAUGACACAAGGAAUUUGUAUCAACAAGAAUUCUUGAACUCAAUUGCGCCUUCUAGUAUGCCGCUACAUCAGUUAACGAUAAAGAAAGGGGCUCUCGUAAUGUUUUUGAGAAACAUCGACCCACAUAUGGGGUUGUGCAAUGGAAAAAGAUUAACUUGUCGUGGAUUAUAUAAUAACCUCAUUGAUGCUGAGAUUCUAACUAGAGAAUUUGCGGGUACAAGAGUUUUCCUACCAAGAAUCGCAUUAAAGAGUCCAGAAAAUUCUGGACUUCUUUUCAGAUGA